AUGGACGACGCGGUCAUGGAUGAAGCAGAGAAACCGACUGCUAUUUGUGAUAAUGGACUAUGUGCAAAGACCGCGAAGGCAGACGGCGGUAACUUAUUGGUCUGUGGCGGUUGUGGAUGGGCUAGAUACUGCUCAGUGGUCUGCCAAAAGUUGUGUCGAAAGCGCCACAAGAUGGUUUGUGUAAGUAUAUUGACCAGCUUCCUUCUGAUUACUAACGCGGAUAUUGACUUCUUUCAGAUCAAUCAUCAUAUUCUGAGUAUGGAGGACGAUCUUUGGACGGUGGACGGCGACUUGAAGGGGCAACCAACGUUUAGGUCAGAAUUGGCCCAGGGUAGAUUCGGGACCACAGUUUGA